AUUUAAUACACUACAAUGAAUAUAACUUGAUAUAAUAACUAACUGGUACAUGUUAAAAGUCUUUUUUUUUCUUUUGCCCUGUCAACAAAGGCCACCGUGAAACGAGUUGAGUUCGGAUGUCAAAGCGGCGGCGCUGCUUUGUAUUUUGUGCUCCUUUGUCGCUAGAUGGCAGAAGGAGUCUAGUUUCUAGAGGAUUAACGGGCUCGUGCAGCCUGCUAUUGUAAGCGUUAUUUUACAAUGUAACAGCAAGUACAAACCAUGAGAUGGCAUUCAAAGGCAAUACGGUCGAUUCAAAGACCGUCCUGUUCAAUCUACUGCUGUGUCUGGUCAUAUUUUAUUCUUUUUUCUACAUGAUUGGGAGUGUGUGCUUCGGUGCCUUCAGGCUGGAUCAUUUUGACGGACUGAUACCAUUUGACUUUAAGACUGAACCUUCUGAAUCCAACUCCAAAUACCUGGUGAAUCUCUUAUCCCUGGAGCUCACCUACUUUUGUAGUGGCCUUUUGUUUGCUGCAGUAGUGAGGAGGCAGGUUUGGGACUAUGCCUUCACUGUCACUCUUCUACAUGUGAUCAUCACUAGCUCUGUCAUGUUGGAGUUUCCCAUGGUGUGGCAGUGGUGGCUGGCUUUAGGUAGCGGCUUGUUUCUGAUGAUUUGCAAUGGUCAGCUAAUCGCUUACUUCAUGUGCCAAAGUGAGCAGAACUAUGCUACCUUCGGCCUCUACUGACACACUUUUGUUUGUAAACUGUUUCUAAACAAUCUUGUAGUGAGGUAGAAAGGAUCAGAGCAGAUGCUCUCUUCUGUGAGACACCCAUUCGAUUCGCUGCAUUGAUGGGCUUUUCCUGUUGGUCACUAAAAAAAGCUCACCAUCAAAAAUAAAGUCAGAGCUGGGUGCAGUUUGUCUUUAAGAUUUGCCAAUAGACUGGCAUAGUGUUGUAUUAAAGUAAAUGCCACAAAUAGAUGCUCUGUAUUUUGCUUGCAAUGCACACCGUCACUAUGCACCAUUAAGGAAGCUAGUGAAAUAUUAUCAAUAGCUUUGUAAGAUGUAUUACAUAAAAGCAAAAUGGGAAUUGUGCAAUACACAAUUUAGAUUUAAAAAUAAAAAUGCAAAGCAUUAAAAAAA